AUGGCCUGUCUCCAGUCGUCGUGCAGGCUUCAGCAUUGUCUUCAUCCGUUUUUGUCUCUUGCUAACGUCAUCCACGAUAUUGGUAUUGGACUGCGACGGUUAGCUGAGAAUUCGGCUGGUUCCGUGCAGCGAACACGUCCGCCCAUCUGGUUGGGCUUCAUCGAGUGUCCCUUAUAUGCGGGCGAGAACAAUCUUCUCAAAGAGCUUGUAACGCACUCUCAGCGAGCUUGGACAGUAGUUCCGAAGAUCCUCCCCAUCGCCUUUCUUAGGAAGGAGUAUUGUUCGGGAGGUUCUCCACUGGUCGGCGAUGAUUUCUUUUUCAAGAUAAUUGCUGAUACUCGAGCGUUGACUGUACAAGGAAUAAAUCAAGAGGGCUCAUCUAGUGGACAAUUUAUGAAAUUAUUCAAAAGCGAGACGAAAGAAAAGCCUAAGAAAGCUAAAAGUAGCGAAACCGACGAUGAAGAUGAUGAUACUUUGGAGGAAGAACAGGCAGACAAUGCAGUGGUAGAGUAUGAACCUGCAUGGCUGCGUUUGACUAACAGUUUCAAUGAUGAGAAACAACAUCGACCCCUGAAAGCUACUAGUAGUUCAGGAUCUGGCACUCAAGAAAAGCCCAUUUUGGCGGCCGGACUACGAUUUGCCAAAAACAUCUAUGGUAUAGACAAAUUCGGGCCAUCACCUGAAACUCGUGCUUUCUAUAAAAGCUAUGUGAAUGCGGGUGGAUAUAAGUUUGAUGCAGCGGUAUGUACAUGUGAAUAG